AUGGUGGAAACGUCGGGCGGGAGGUGGAGGCUCCACCUCCACGGCCAGCGGCGGAGCGCGGCCGCCUUCCUCGCGGCCAACAAGACCCUGCUCGCCGCCGUCUGGGUCGCCGGGUUCACGCUCGUCUUCCUCUGGCAGACCGCCUCCAUGUUCGCCGGGGGCGGCAUCCUCGCGCCGCCGCCGCGCCCGGCGCCCCGGCUGCGCCCGAACGCCUACAACCUCACGGACUUCGGCGCCGUCGGGGACGGGCGGGCGGUGAACACCCGGGCCUUCGAGCGCGCCGUCGAGGCCAUCGCGGACCGCGGAGGAGGGCAGCUCAAUGUGCCGCCCGGACGGUGGCUCACCGGCCCGUUCAACCUCACCAGCCACAUGACCCUCUUCCUCGCCGAGGGCGCGGAGAUCCUUGCCAUCACGGAUGAGAAGAAUUGGCCGCUGAUGCCCGCACUGCCAUCUUAUGGGUAUGGGAGGGAGCGGAAAGGACCCCGUUUCGGGAGUCUAAUUCAUGGACAAAAUUUGAAAGAUGUAGUCAUUACAGGAUACAAUGGUAGCAUAAAUGGCCAGGGUGAAGUUUGGUGGUUGAGGCAUCGUAGAAGAAUGCUGAAGAACACAAGGCCUCCACUUGUGCAACUGAUGUGGUCCAAGGACAUUAUUGUCGCAAAUAUAACAUUGUUGAAUUCACCUUUCUGGCACUUCCACCCAUAUGAUUGCACAAAUGUUACUGUUUCUAAUGUUACAAUCUUAGCUCCUAUUUCUGGUGCUCCAAACACGGACGGCAUAGAUCCAGACUCUUGUCAGGAUGUCCUUAUUGAGAAUUGCUACAUAUCUGUUGGUGAUGAUGCAAUAGCUAUAAAGAGCGGGUGGGAUCAGUAUGGGAUUGCAUAUGGGCAGUCAUCUUCUAACAUUUUAAUACGCAAUGUGACAGUCCGUUCUUUGGUCAGUGCUGGAAUUUCAAUUGGCAGCGAGAUGUCUGGUGGAGUUGCAAAUGUUACAGUGGAGAAUGUACGCAUCUGGGAUUCAAGGCGAGGUGUGAGAAUAAAGACUGCCAUAGGAAGAGGAGGCUACAUCCGCAAUAUCUCCUACCGCAACAUAACCUUUGACAAUGUUCGUGCUGGGAUUGUGAUAAAGGUUGACUACAAUGAGCAUGCUGAUGAUGGGUAUGACAGGAAUGCCUUCCCAGACAUCACAGGCAUAUCAUUCAAAGACAUACAUGGGCAGGGUGUCCGGGUUCCUGUCCGUGCUCAUGGCAGCAACACCAUCCCUAUCAAGGAUAUCACCUUUCAGCGUAUGUCAGUAGGCAUCAGCUACAAGAAGAAGCAUAUUUUCCAAUGCUCCUACAUAGAGGGGCGUGUUAUUGGGUCAGUGUUUCCAAAACCAUGCGAGAAUUUGGACGUCUAUAAUGAGCAUGGACAGCUUGUGAAGCGUGCGGCAAUGCUGAACAGCACAGAAGUUGACUAUGAUAUAUGAUACACAAACAAUAUGUUGUAGCAGUUAUAGUUUUUGGAUAGUGUAUCUUUUACAUUUUUUUAUAGAACUGUAAAUGCAGAGAGGAUUCUCCUUUUCGUAGGUUUGUUUAAAGUGUCUUAUAUGUGUCUCUACAAUGAUAUGAACUUCUGUUGUUAGAAAAGGUGGAA